CGCGUGCUGAUAAGUUACGAAGAGUUGGAAUAAAGUUUUUAAAUAAAGUUGGAGGAAGUUCCGAAGAGUAUCGUGCUACAAUUCCCAUCCAGUCAUGUAAGGCAAAGUUGAUGGAAGCUUCGAGUCCAGCCUUAUUGGAGAGGUCGUCUUCGAGCGCUGACAGUGUGGAGGGAUGUGGUGCGCUAGGAGUCGUCGCUCGUCUGCGGUGCGAUCGCUGCCUUUGGUCGUCAUCAUAGCGAGCUUCUUCUACAUCGCCCAGUAUCAUCACAACCUCAUCCGCGCUCAAUUCAACGAUGACUGGCUUAGAAGGAUACGGGAAUCAUUACAGACCAAGAACUCGACUGUUGUUCGUAACGUCGCUGGCGCCGCGGAAACUUCACAAGCGUCGGCGACUGGCGGGGGCGGAUCCGUAACUACGGAAGAGAAUCCCGCGAGUUUAGCGGGAAUAAUCAUCGUUGACGCGAGUACUUCACAGGUUUUAACAAAUUUCGGUGAAAACCAAGCAAGGGGCAAUGAUUUACAAGUGGAUGCGCACAAGCAAGACGUCAUUAAAGUGAAAGAAGAAGAAAAAAAUCUUGACAGAAAUAAAUAUGAAGGCCAUGAACAAGGAGAUGAUGCUGCAGUUCCCCCGCAAGCAAAUAAUGCUGCAGUUCCCCCGCAAGCGAAUAAUGCUGCAGUUCCUCAGCAAGCGAAUAAUGCUGCAGUUCCUCAGCAAGCGAAUAAUGCUGCAGUUCCUCAGCAAGCAAAUAAUGCUGCAGUUCCUCAGCAAGCGAAUAAUGCUGCGGCAGAUCAAAAAGCGAUUAAUAAUGCAAUGGACUCAAAUAACAGCGACGAAGCUUACGAUUCAAGCAAAGAAAAACGAAAUAUUCAACGCGACGAACCAAAAUCUGGCCGUGAGUUGGAGUCGGGCAGGCUGCAGGAGCUGUUCAACAUGACACUGGACGGGUUCUACCGCGUCAACGAAACUCUUGAUGGGAAAUCGGUCACUAAGGUGAUCCUUCUAGCGCACCAGAGAACGGGGUCCAGCUUCACGGGGGAGUUGCUUACCUCCCCCACCCGCGGUCUGUACGUGUUCGAGCCUCUCUUUGCCUACCGCAGCUUCCCCUACGAUGACCCGACGUGGGCAAUGGAAAUGCAGAAGUUCAUGAGCAUCAUAGGUGACCUCCUCGACUGCAGGCCACAGGUGCUGCCGCUGUUCAACACGACGUUCAUGAACAAACACGUGCCGUUACAAGACUGUUCCAGUCAGCAUUUCCGGCUGACAAAGCUGAUACGGGCUCGCGCUGACACCAUCUUGCCUUGGCUCAAACUUAGACCUGACAUCAAGGUGAUCCAGCUGGUGCGGGACCCUCGAGCUGUGCUGUGCUCAAUGGAAGAGUCAAAGCCUUGGUGGUCGCCCGCUGCUAGAGACCCCGCCCACCUCUGCCGCCGUCUGCAAGAAGACCUCAGCGUCGGUAAAGCCCUUAGCGCUAACAGAUACACGUUGGUGAGAUACGAGGACUUGAUGCAGGAUAUAGAAGGACAAGCAUCGCGACUUCUCCGAUUUAUUGGUCAAGAUUUCAACUCCAACGCCAGGAGUUUCAUUUCCAGAAUGGUCAAUGUUGAGGGAGCAAGAGAGGAAGUCCUGAAAAAUCCGUUCCGCAUCAUGCGUGGUCCGGCCUACGACCCGGAACACUGGCGUAAGGAUCUGCCUGAGGAACUCGGACGACGCGUCGAAGAACUGUGUGCGGAUGCGAUGAAUUAUUUAAAUUACACGUUAAUUUAUUAGAAAAUAACUAUUUAUCUCGUUCAUUUGAAUCGUAAUUUAAGCAUGAAUCUAAUAGCAACAAAAGCCUAAAUCAAUUUACCAUAUUUUCCUUGAAAAAGUUUUGGAAAAAGUUCCAUCAACAGCACAAAAAAUCCGAAAUUCAAGUGUAAUGAAUCUAAUCAACGCAAAAAUUUACAAUAAACAGAACUUUCGUUUGAAUUCUUGAUUUUCUUCCGUGUAAAUUUUCUCGUUCUAUUAAUUAUAAUAGCUUAUAUCCCUGAAGUUGGAAUUGAUGACAGUGUUUGUCUCCGAACCGUCUGCAAUUAUAUGUUAGCCGUUGAAUGUUGAAUUUAAUAGGUGCCUUUUUUUGCUUUAAAGUUCUUGGUGAAAAUAAACAUAGUGUCAUUUCCUCGUUCGUCCUAGCUGUUGUGCUUUAAGAUUUGAUUAGAGCAAACUUAGCUAUAAGUUCCUCUGAAUAUUUGUGACCAUAUUUUUUAAUGUAGAUAAGUAAGGCAACGAUUAUCAAUUUAAUAAAGUUAUAUAAUUAAAUUAUACACGGAGCAUGGCUAGAUGAAACAGUUAACGAUCAUCAUCUCACAAUCAUUUAUUAGUCCAAGGUGCGUACAGAAGUUUCAAUUGAGACCAACAUUAAGACUAUAAAUAAAGCUUUUUUGUGAGUUCAUUGUGCACAAUUAACAAGCGUGGAAACGAAAAUCAAAACAAAUUAACAACGAACUGACGGUGAAAUGAGCUUGGACAUGGUAGAACAUUUAGCAAAGGAAGUUGCCAUUUAGCUUUGUUUCAAGGUACAUGCAUUCAUUGAUGAAAAUUGUAAAGCCGCUCC